AUGAUGUCUUCGACGCACGUUUAUACGCACCCCCAAUACAACCCACAAGGCGACUCCAGCUGGAUGCACCAGCAGGCUUCGCACCACCAGCAGAGCCAUGUGUCUGUUGCUCAACAACAACAACAACAACAACAGCAGCAGCAGCAGCAACAGCAGCAGCAGCAGCAACAGCAGCAACAGCAGCAACAACAACAGGCUCAGCAACAACAAUCGCAUUUCAACCGCAUGGCUGGUAAUCAUUCUGCUGGCGGCGCUGGUGGCAAUAUGGGAGGUGCUCAUGCCCAGGAUUCCGGCCACGAGAACAUCUCGGAAGAUAAUCGGCGCACGAUGGCGUACAUCGCCGAUUUAUUAAACGAGAACACGAGGGAGGCAGCUUUACUAGAGCUGAGCAAGAAGAGAGAACAGGUGCCUGAACUAGCUCUCAUUUUGUGGCACUCAUUCGCACAUAUCCCUCUGUUCUUGUACCCAUUUCUAAAUACGACGUCCAAGUCCCGACCGUUUGAAUAUCUGCGACUAACUUCCCUGGGUGUUAUCGGUGCCUUGGUGAAGAACGACUCUUCGGACGUUAUCAAUUUUCUCCUCACUACGGAGAUUAUUCCUCUGUGCCUUCGGAUCAUGGAGACUGGCUCAGAGCUUAGUAAGACUGUUGCCAUUUUUAUUGUUCAGAAGAUUCUGCUGGACGAUAACGGCCUCAAUUAUAUCUGCGCCACCUAUGAGCGCUUCUAUGCUGUAGGCACUGUGCUGAGCAACAUGGUCGCUCAGCUUGUCGAGUCCCAGACUCAGCGGCUCCUCAAGCACGUCGUUCGAUGCUUCCUUAGACUGAGCGACAACGCCCGAGCUCGUGAAGCUCUUCGCCAAUGCCUACCAGAACCCCUGCGAGAUGCUACCUUCUCGUCUGUUUUAAGAGACGACGCUGCGACGAAGAGAUGCCUUGCUCAGCUCCUUAUCAAUUUGUCUGAUAACGUCGUGGACAACUCGCAAGGCGUUUCCAACAUGUGA